UAUAUCAAUAUUUUUCAAGAUAAAUUUAUAUUAUAUAAUGAAAUAAUAAUUAAUUGUUAUUGUUUUAUGUGAAGUCCAUUUAUGAUUAUUGCUGUUUUAAAGCUUGGAAAAACUAAUGUUUUGCCCUUAUAUAUUGUACUAGUCAAAGGUCAAAAUAAAAGAUUGUAAAUAAUUUAAUGAAAAGAUAAGUUCACAUCUUCUGUUAAAAAAAUAUUUUAAUUUUAAUAUUGGGACCAUCAGGAGCAGAAGCUUUGUAACAUUUUCAAAUAAGAUAUCAUUGAUUGUUAAAACCAAGCAAUCUAACAAAUAUGAUAAUGAAUCAAGGAAAAAUAAACCCUGAUUUAGUGAAGGAGAGAAAAAAGUGUAAUUUUAAAAUUAUUGAAUUAACCCAUCUGUUGGAUGGAGGUUCAAAAAAAACUGAAGAGAGAAGAGCUAGAGAGAAAUUCUUUUUGGAAGAUCCUGAACUAAAAUCUAAAAUACCAUUAGAAUAUUUGAGCCACAAGGAAAAAUAUGAGGAGGCGGUUAGAAAAGCUUGUUUAGUAUUUAAAAAAGUGCAGCAGUUACAAAAUGAAGGAAAAGGUGGAAUGGACAAUUUUAGGGAAAUUUUGGGUGGACAAAUUGGAUCAGCAAUAUUAGGAGAUGGAAAUCCAUUAACAUUGCAUUAUGUCAUGUUUAUCCCAACUAUUAUGGGACAAGGGACUUUUGAACAACAAGCUGAAUGGAUACAAAAAGCUUGGGAAUGCAGUAUUAUAGGCACCUAUGCGCAAACUGAACUUGGCCAUGGUACAUUUAUAAGAGGACUUGAAACUACUGCUACUUAUGAUCCAAAAAGUGAGGAAUUUAUCCUGAAUAGUCCAACACUCACUUCAUUUAAAUGGUGGCCUGGAGGAUUGGGUCACUCAGCAAAUUAUGCAGUGGUAGUUGCACAGUUAUAUACCAAGGGUAAAUGUCAAGGCAUCCAUCCUUUUAUAGUACAAUUAAGAGAUAAAGAUACCCACAUGCCUUUGCCAGGCAUUCAAAUUGGUGAGAUUGGAUGUAAACUAGGUAUGAAUAGCACUAACAAUGGAUUUUUGGGUUUUAAAAAUGUCAGAAUACCCAGGAAUAGUAUGUUGAUGAAAAAUAAUCAAGUGCUUCCUGAUGGUACAUAUGUGAGUUCCCCUAGCAGCAAAUUGACAUAUGGUACCAUGAUAUUUGUAAGGGUAGUGUUGGUUCAGGAUGCAGCAACAUAUCUUAAAAAAGCCGUUACUAUUGCAACUAGAUACAGUGCUGUGAGAAGACAAUGUCAAAUUAAACCCGAGGAUCCUGAAACUCCAAUUAUAGAUUAUGUAACUCAACAGCAUAAAUUAUUUCCCAAUAUUGCGACUGCAUUUGCUUUUCAAUAUGCUGCCAAUUGGUUGUGGGAAAUUUAUAAUGAUGUGAACUCACAGUUGGAAACUGGAAAAAUGGAUAAUCUUCCUGAGCUUCAUGCAACAUCAUGCGUAUUAAAAGCAGUUAGUACGGCAGACGCAGCUCUGGGCAUCGAAACAUGUAGAUUAGCAUGUGGCGGUCAUGGAUAUAUGACCGCGUCUAAUUUACCUUCGACUUAUGGACUCGUCACAGCAAUGUGUACGUAUGAGGGAGAAAAUACUGUGCUCCUACUGCAAAGUGCGAGGUUUUUAAUAAAAAUGUGGCAAAAUAGAAACAAUCUGCAACAUUUUCCCACAUUAAGUUAUCUUUGUACACCUUUGACUCAAAAAAUUCCAUUUAAUAAAAGUGUCGAUUGGAUUAUUACAAUUUUACAAAAAACUUCUGCUAGGAAAAUUGAGUUGGCAAGUAACCAUAUAAAUAUCAGGAUCGAUAAAGGUGAGACUUCAGAACUAGCAUGGAAUAAUACUUCAAUUGAGUUGGUUGAAGCGGCUGAUAUUCAUGGAAGGGCUUUUAUUGUUCAAACGUUUCACGAAUCAGUAAAGAAAUUAAAAGUUUCCUAUGAACUUAACGUGGUUUUAAAUCAACUAGUUCAAUUGUACGCUGUCACUCAGGCACUAAAAAUGGCAGGGCAUAUAUUACGAUUUUCAGAUAUGAAUGGGUCGGAAUUAGGAGCCCUUCAAAACUGGCUUGAAGACCUCCUAAGUGUUAUGAGACCAAAUGCAGUAGGAUUAGUUGAUAGUUUCGAUUUUCGUGACGAAGUGUUAGCUUCUGCUUUGGGCGCCGCAGAUGGAAAUGUCUACGAGCGGUUGUUUUUAGCUGCUAAACAGAGUCCGCUUAAUAUUGAGCCCGUUAACAACUCCUUUCAUUUAUACCUUAAGCCUUUCUUGAAAUCUAAUAUGUAAAUGAAGAUGUUGAUUGUUUUUUUUUUCCUUAUUACCUAUUCUACUUGUUUUUAUAUACAAUCCAGCAGUUUUUUAUAUAGAAAAAAUUAUAUAUUUUGUUUUAUCUAAAAGUUUAUUUUCGUUGUGCAAUACUCAUAGUGGCUCAUUGUAUUGUUAUACUCCCUCCAUUUAUUGCUGAUAAUAAAAUGUAACACAA